AUGGCCUACGAAUCUUCAGAAUCCAAAGCACCUGCCACAGAGCAGCUUUUAAUAUGGGCAGAUUCAAAUAUCAAGAGUUCUGGAGAGCUUACACAGAGUGCAGACGACGAUUGCCUCCUAGAUGCCCCUCUUUUACCUUCUCAGAAGCUUCAGUCUGAGAUCCGACGUACAUUUCUCCCAGUACCUACUGUCUGUGUGUGCAUUGUUCUACUACUGCUGCAGGUAGCCUUUGUAGCUUUGACGGCUGUCUCUGGUUAUUUUUGCUUGCUGCACGGUGAUGAGGAUGAAUGCAAGACAUACACUGAUCCCUUUAGACUGACUACAAUUGUGAUCAUGUGUAAAGUCAUACUGUGGUUGCUGCACGUGGUCAAUGAGCGAUUUGUCCAGUACCAUCAUGCCAAAGCAAGAAACCGGGGAUAUCUUAAACUGUACCGCUCCACAAGGAAUCUCAAGACAAUGCCACUAAUUAUACACUCUACAGGCAAUGCGGCCAUCCUUCUGAUAAUCUCUGCCAAGGAUUUCUUUAAAGACGACAACCUCUAUCUCUACAUUAUCUUGUGUGUGCUGAUCCUGGAGCUGAUCUUCAGUGUGAUAUUCCUGCUAAUGUACACAGUGCACAUGUGCAAAUUUAAUAGAAGCCAACCCGAUGCAGACAUCAUCGAAGAACAGAAGAUACAUUCAUUUCAAGCCCACGUCAAUCCAGGGAUUGGAUUCAGGGAAGGAUCGAGUUUAGAAGAAAUCAUUGAAAAACAAGGUGAUACGAUAGAGUAUCUUCAGCGUCAUAAUGCACUGCUAAGUCAGCAGCUACUCGCGGGGAAGUCGCAGCUCAGCAGAGAACAAACAAGGGCAUGAGUGCAAUAAGUCAA